GAUAGCUUCACAUCAUGUCAAUCGUUUUUAGGGGAAAGAUAUCGAACCUACCCCACACUUGAGCUUUCAAUCUUGAUGAUGAAUUUCUUCACCACAUAAUAUUAUUUGUAGCCAUCAAAUCCAAAACUAAGAGACACAGAGUUUAAUUUCUUCUCUCUACUAUCCAAUUAAUCCACUGCUGCUGCUUCUUUUUCUUUGUUGUUGUUUUUCAUGUCUUCGCGAAAGCAGGCACCUCCUAGUUUUCCAUGGACGGAGGGAGAGAAAUACAGCAGCAACAACAACAACUCCAAAUUCAAAGAAAUAUUUUACUACUUCUUCACCCUAAACACUAUUCCCUACGUCCUUGUCAGAUGCUGUGCUCUCCUUUUUCUCUUUCUAUCCGCUUCUUGGCUUCUCCUUCUCCUCCUUUGCUUCCCGCCCACAACAACCACCACUUCUUCAAACGACGUCGUCAGAGAACAAGCUCAAGUUGCUGAACCACAAUCGCCAUUCAAAAUCCCCACGUGCGACAAAAACAUGUCAGUCUAUGUAUACACUUUGCCGCCCCAGUUCAACCUCGGACUCCUUAGCCAAUGCAACAACUUAAGCAUAAAGGCCAACAUGUGUCCCGCCGUUGCCAAUUCCGGCCUCGGCCAGCCACUUAAUUAUUCCCGCAGAGGGCACUCCGCUGUCACUAGUAGCUGGUACACCACCCACCAGUACACGGCGGAGAUCAUAUUCCACGCGCGACUACAGAACCACCCGUGUCGCACGCAGGAUCCCGCACGCGCCUCCCUCUUCUACGUCCCCUUCUACGGCGGCUUUGACGCUCUAAGCAAGUACCGUGAAGCCAACCUCACGGCCCGUGACGAGCUGACGUUUAGCUUGGUUGACUACAUACAGGCUCAGCCUUGGUGGCAGAGGAACCAUGGUAAGGACCACUUUAUGGCCCUGGGGACGGUCGUAUGGGAUUUCAUGCGAACCAUGAGCAACGCCAGUUCCUCCUGCUCCUCCUCCUCCAAAGUUCGUACGCCCGGUACCCUCCUAAAGCUACCCGCCGCCGUAAACAUGUCGGUGCUGAUUAUAGAGAGACAUCCUUGGCAACCAAACCAACACGGCAUCCCCUACCCUUCCUAUUUCCAUCCGUCCACGUGGCGGGAGAUGGCGGCGUGGCAGAGGAAGAUGAGGCUGAUGGAGAGGCCCCAUCUGUUCUCUUUCGUCGGUGCACGCAGAAAGAACAAGGCGGCCAUCAGGAACGAGUUCAUAAGGCAAUGCGGUGAGUCAACUCGGUGCAAGCUCUUGAACUGCGAGGGGCCCGACGGGGUAAGAAGGUGUUUGCAGCCGAGGGAGAUCAUGAGGGUGAUGACGCGUUCUCAGUUCUGCUUGCAAGCGCCCGGCGACACACCGACGAGGCGGUCAACGUUUGACUCGGUGCUUGCUGGUUGCGUGCCUGUUUUCUUCUCACGUCACACGGCUUACAGUCAGUAUGCAUGGUAUUUGCCUGGAGAUGCAAGCAGGUACUCGGUUUACAUAGACGAGAAGAGCAGUGCGAGUAGAGGAAUAGAAGAGGAGCUGUUGAAGAUUUCGAGCGAGAAGGUGAAGAUGAUGCGUGAAGAAAUUAUAGAUUUGAUGCCAAGUCUCACUUAUGCGCAUCCGAAUGCCACUGAUUUUGGGUUUGGGGAUGCUGUGGAUGUUGCACUUGCAUCAUUGGCCAAGCACAUUGGUGAAUUAAUUAAUUAAAAUUAGUACCUUACAAGUAAUAAUAAAAUAAUGUAGGACAUAUUGAUAGAAUAUAUAUUUUUCAUCACUUAUAUUUUUUUAUUAUAUAGAUUGUAAUUCGUUAUCAAGUUUUGUACAUGUGGUGGCUAUUUGGCUAGCACAUCAUUAAAUAAGUGGGCCCUAUU